AUGCUUGCCCGAGGAAGAAUCGAUCAGUCCAGUAACCCUCAUUCGCGGUUUUUUUCAGCAUCGCAGAGCAUCCGACGUGGAAAACACCCUCAAGAUUCCGACUCCGUUUCACCAUACGAUAACCCAAACUCAUCUGAGUCCAUUUUAAGCGAUGAACGAUCUAUAUACAAUGCGAUCAGAGUCGCAACACCAAAUGAUUCUAGCCCUCGUUUCUAUGCGUCUCUUCUCCAUGAGAACCCCGUUCACGACGAGCAAGGCUUAGCGGUAAACAUGGCCAGAUUCGUUCCUACGGAUUCACAGGAUGAUCAGACCCCUACCAGUGUACUGGUUAAGCAAGGAAGACGGCAGAGAAUGGCAGGGAAACUUGGGAAUCACACCAAGUUGUUAUCUGACCAGUACUGGCAAGCCACACACCGGUCGAGGCCUCCUUUGAGUGGAACAAGAUCAGUACCAGACCCUCGUCGGACUUUGCAUCGCAAGGCCGUUUCCCUCGGUGAUAGUAAUAUCUACAGGCCCAGAUGGCCUAGGAACCUGGGACCUGCAGUAACAACCAUCCAACCUCGAUAUCCACCGCCAGAAAGAACACCUACACCUCCGGGCCUUCCCUCCUUCGGCACGUCAGAGGCUGUGUCCAUAUCUUCACGGUUCAUGCUUCCAGACAACCCUGCACGAUCACACGCAAACUUGCAAGGCGGUGGUCCUGUUGGUGACCAGCGUGGCAGUUCGUAUGGCGACACCAUAAGGAGAAUAUUUGGCUUGCCGCCUGCGUCUCAUGCCGGUGGGAUUUCCGUUAAUGGCAUAGGAAGAGCGGAGGAUGGCACGCUGGUACAAGGCCGGUUUCCCCAUCGACAAAGUGGACAUGGAAUGAGCAUCGGUCGACCGCUGCAGGACCACCCUUUCCACCAACGUCUUCUCAUUGCCCGCCACGAAGCCACGGAUACAAGCUACGAUCCUUAUAUUGAAGCUGCACAGACAAAGGGUGGUCUUGGGCGAAGCCCGAGCAGACAUGCCCAGCCUCUGGCCAGGUCCCCGUCCAGACGACAUUUUCCCUUUCCGUCGAGCCCGGCCCCUGCUGUGGUAAACCGCCCACCGCGGCCUAGAUCCACUGCACUUCUUAGCCUGUCGCGUAAUCUGACUGGAUCGGACGGUCCUGCAGAACCAGCGGAAUCUUCUGCUCAAGGGACUAGGGCAGCUGGAGACCAUACCCCUCCUAAUCCAUCGCGGUUGCAUUCGGUUCUUACGAUGGCUGGCUACGGCAGUGGUGCAGAUGAAGGCCCUCACGCAAGCACGCCCGUCUGUCCGGACGUUUUAGCGUGGGUGAAAACCCAAAGAUGUCUCUUCUGCUGCUGCUCGGGCAGUCAUGAAGAAUCAGAUGAUUCUCUCGGGGCAACCAGCUCGCGGGAAACAUAUGUAACCGCCCAGAGCCAGGUAUCACCUGCCGGAUCUCAGAAUGAAAACAAUGAGGGGAAUCCUCGUCUUCAUGGACUCCAGACAUGGAUCUCAUCUCUGUAUGGUGUUAUGUUUCCGACUCUUGUGGACCCUGCCGUUGUAUAA